UCAGCUAUGGAUACAACGUUGGGUGCGAAUAAGGCCCUUGGGCCCCGACUUUGUGACAGCGGCAUUCUUUUAGGCGCUCAUGGCUCACCGAUGAUUUUUUGAAGGUGUGUUCUCAUGGAUCUGGCUGAUGAGGUCAUACGAGUUCGUGUGUCACGCCCUUCUUCUUUUCUUGAGAGCUGUCAUUCGCUUUGAUCUAUAUUCUUUACUACCAAGUGCUGGAGCAAAGAUGUCAGCCAUGGUUUCGAUCAAUUGGCAAACGGAUAAGUUUUUGUGUCGUGUCGUGUCAUGGUAUUGCUUUCCUUGAUGAUUAUCAGAUAAUAUAUGUAGAGUACCUAAAAAACUAGAAAAAAAAGAGAGAGUUAGGUAGAAUAAAUGGUCAGAUCAGGUGGUGGAGAACUUUUGUUUGUUAAAUGUCCCCUUUCUUUCCAUACUUUCUCAUUUCAAGGGGCCCUGCCCGAUGGAAUCUUUUCAUUUUUCCACUCAUCUCACCCAGUCACCUUCCACUCUCUUGGUCACCCACCAUCAAUGUGAGUCGCCGUCACAAGUCCUGUUUAUUCUUGCUGGGUGAACACUCUGCUUUUCUGCCUCUCCUCUUUCCCCCUCUCUUCUCCCUCUUUACCCCCUCAUCUCCUGUCCAAAGCAUCGACCUGUCGGGAUUGAUCCGGAUCGUGGACGCUGGGACACCAGCUUAUCCGCCUCGCUCUCAUCGUCUCCUUCGCUGGUGCGACGCUGAGGCUACCUGACCGGUUCUUCUCUGGUGGCACCGUAAGUCGUCCUUCGCCUCCUUGGUUCGCAGGCCUUGCGCGAAACACUCCCAGACCUUCGCCAUGGAAAAGGCCUGCACAAACCUCACCGAAGUCGUCCGUUCCGUGCGGCUGUUCAAGAUCGAUGGGUUUAGCAUGACCAUGGGCAUAGGCAGGGACUACAGCUUCAAUUCCAGAUGGAGUUUCGACGGGUAUGAUUGGGAAGUCCGUAUUUAUCCACGGACCAAUGAGGAAUUCAAUCGCUCCUGGGUGUCACUACGUCUUAUCUUUCUAAGUGAAGCCCGCACGUGUGCUGUGAGGACGACUCUACGCUGUUGCUUGGUAGAUCCAACAGGAAGGCUUAAGCCGUCUGAAGAAGAUUGCAGGUCAAUAAUAUUCAGGAAACCCCAAGAUAGCUCAUCUCAAGUGCCCCUCAUAACAAGAUGUGAACACCUCGAAUUAUCGGGUUAUGUCAAGGAUGACUCUUUUACUGUGCAAUGCACCCUUGAGGUUUUCAAGGAACUACCAGAUGUAGCAACGGUCUCCCUGAAAGAAGUGCAUCUCCCACCCUCUAACUUGCACCUGCAAUUUGCUCAGCUCCUUCAGAGCGAGACUGGAGCGGACGUCACAUUUCUCGUGUCUGGUGAGUCUUUUGCUGCGCACAAGCUCAUCCUCGCCGCAAGAUCCCCUGUUUGUAUGGCCGAGUUCUUUGGAGACAUGAAGGAGAAGUGCUCUCAGACUGUGGAGAUCAAGGACAUGGACGCUACCGUAUUCAAGGCCCUUCUUCAGUUCAUCUACACCGACACCGUGCCAGAAUUCGGACAACAGGUAGAGGCAGAUGUGGAGGCCAUCUAUACCGACACCAUGCCAGAAUUCGGACAGCAGGAGGCGGCGGUGACGGUGAUGGCUCAGCAUCUCCUUGCUGCCGCUGACAGGUAUGGACUGGACAGGCUGAAGCUCAUUUGCGCAGGCGAGCUCGCUGGUGGCAUCAACGUCAACACAGCAGCGACAACUUUGGCUUUAGCCGACCUGCACAACUGCCCGGAGCUCAAGGCGAGGUGUGUUGAGUUCAUCAUCAAAACUUCUGCCACUCUUGAUGCUGUGUUGGCGACAGAGGGGUAUAAGCACCUGGAGGCAAGCUGCCCUUUGGUGGUGAUUGACCUUUUCAAGGCUGCGCGUGGGAGAAAAAAUUGAAGCGUAUCUUGCUUGCGCUUUCCGGGCAUGUUUGUCUAGUAUACUACUAUAUUUUGUUGCCAACUAUUUCAACUUCACUUCGAUGUAAUUUUGUGCUAAAUGGUCUACUGUGAGUUUGUGCUCCUCGAUGGCAAGCAUUGACAAGGUGAUAGGCCCUGUUUGUUUGCGCU